UAACUACAAACAAACACAUUGUAGUAAUUUUGUUAAUGAUUAGAAGUAAAACAUUUAUUUUUCUAGAUGUCAUAGAGGACUCUGAGGAACUAUGUGUGAAGUGUGUAGGGCUGUGGGCUAACAAUUUAUGGGAAAAGAAGGUGCAAAAUAAAUGCACCUGUUUUGGGUGAGGGGGUUGGAACUGGAAGAGAGGGUCUAAUUGGUGCUAUGCAAGAACCAUUUUCUUUAAUAAGUCACCUGACUUGUAUUUUCCACCCUGUUGAUCUUCAUUUUGAACAUGAACAAGCUCAAGACUAAGCAAUGAGCAACAGUUCAACAGUAAAUGGAACAAGUAACCAGAAUGGCUCUAUAUCUCCAACAUCAGCCAGUGUCACCAACUUUGAAACCAGGGAGAAAAAGCGAUUGAAAUACACUGUAUACAAAGUACUAGUAACUGCAGGAGGAAAGACAUGGUUUGUUUUUCGACGAUACAAUGAAUUUUGUAAGCUACAAGAAAAUCUGAAAAAAGAUUUUCCAGGGCUACACAUCAAACUGCCGGGCAAAAAGUUCUUUGGGAACAAUUUUAGUUCUGAUCUUAUCAGCAAACGAAGACAAGGAUUAGAUGAAUUUGUUCAAAAACUUUUCAGUGAUCAGCAAUUGAUUAGCAAUCCUGAAGUGAGGGAAUUCCUGAACCUGAGUAGAAAUGUGGAUAAUAAUGAGGUUGAAGAUGACCAACUGGAUGAAGCACCGGAUACUCCAACAACCCCAGAGAGUCCAGUAUUACCUGAUUUUGAAAAGAUUGAUAAGCCAGUCGACUUGGGGCCUACUGAAAAAAACAAUGUGAAACCAAGUGAUUUUGAGUUCUUGAAAGUGAUUGGAAAAGGAAGUUUUGGGAAAGUUCUACUAGCUAAACAUAAGACUGAAGGAAAUGUAUAUGCUGUGAAAGUUUUGCAAAAAAAGAUAAUUUUGAAGAAAAACGAAAAAAAUCAUAUUAUGAGUGAAAGAAAUGUCUUGUUGAAAAAUCUGGAACACCCAUUCCUUGUGGGGCUUAACUACUCCUUUCAAACAACAGACAAACUUUAUUUUGUUUUGGACUAUAUUAAUGGAGGUGAGGUGUUUUUCCAUCUUCAAAGAGAACGGUAUUUUCCUGAACCCAGGGCUCGCUUUUAUGCUGCAGAAAUAGUAAGUGCCUUAGGCUACUUACAUUCAAAUGGAAUUGUGUAUAGGGAUCUAAAGCCAGAGAAUAUAUUAUUAGAUUCUCAAGGUCACGUGGUGCUAACAGAUUUUGGACUAUGUAAAGAAGGAUUACGUGGAAAGGACACAACAUCAACUUUUUGUGGAACACCUGAGUAUCUAGCUCCAGAAGUUUUGAGAAAGGAAGCAUAUGACAAAUCUGUGGACUGGUGGUGUUUAGGAGCUGUGUUGUAUGAAAUGAUGUAUGGUCUACCUCCUUUCUACAGUCGGAAUACAUCAGAAAUGUAUGAUAACAUUCUACACAAACCACUCAGACUAAGAACCAAUAUUUCUGUUGAGGCCAGAAAUAUUCUCGAGGCACUGCUACAGAAGAACAAAGAGAAAAGACUAGGAUCAAAGAAUGAUUCAGAAGAUGUAAAAAAUCAUGAAUUUUUUAAAACUGUGAACUGGAAUCAAUUAGAAGCACGACAGGUUCCCCCACCUUACAAUCCAAAUGUUAAUGGAGAAUUAGACUUGAAAAAUAUUGAUCCUGAGUUUAUCAAGGAGCCUGUACCAGCUUCUGUGGGUAAAAGUCAGGGAAUGAGUGCGAGUGUUCAGGAUGUGGACACAGCCUUUCAGGGUUUCUCCUAUGCACCUCCUCUUUACCUUGACAAUUGAAGAUAACAUCUAUAUAUUGUCCUAUCAGUCUUCUGUUACUGAAGUAGCAUACAUCUGAGUGCAAGGACUGAGUUACAUAAAUUUUACAAGACAUUUUAAAUCUAAGUGUAAUGUCUGGGGAGUGUUUCAAGUGUAUAGUGUUUUUAUUUAUAAAAUUGGAUGAUUUUAGCUAUACUGAAAUGAAGUAAGAUAAACAGUGUAUUAUAUAUAGUCAGUACUUGUGAUUAGCUUUACAAAUACAUGUGAACUACUAUUUCAGAAAAUAGCUUGGAAUUUUGUGGAAAGCCAUGAGGAACUUUUAUUAUGCUAAAAUAUCAUGACAGGUAGCAAAUUAUUCAUGUUACAUAAACAUGCCUGUAACUGAACAUUUGUAACUAUAAUCAAAACACAAGGAAAAACAGCUAAAAAACUUCAUAUGGUCUGUGAGGUGAUGAAUGUUUGUCAGUAAUGGUGAAAUAAAAUUUUUUCAAUAUGAAUAAGUCCAUUAAGAAAUUAUUUUGUUUCUUAAACUUGCCUUAAUGUAUGCUUUAUCAUAUUUUACAGCAGUAUUUUUUGUCACAUAUUGAUUUAAAUAUUUCUUAAAACUGAGUUCACUCUUUUAGUGUUGCAUCAUAUUUAAGCCUCAAUUGUUAAAUUUGUAUUAGUUUGACUCAUUUACGUAAAACAAUAAUAAAUGUUUUGUUUAAUAUAUCUAACAUUUACUUUGAAUGCAUAUCUUUUUUUUUACAUCAAAUAUUGUUGAAAUUUUUUAAAACAAAUUUUAACCCUUUACCUCUUGGAAGUUUCUGGUGGCAAGUAAUAUUCCUUCAGUUACUAGUAAAAGUCAUACUUGUGAUCGAAAUAUAUUUUUUAGAGGCAUACCAUAAAAGAUGAUGAUAAUCUAGCAAUAAAUAUAAGAUUACUUUUACCAAAACACUGUUUUUAUCCCAGUAGUAAAACAAUUAAUCACUAGAUUAUAUUUUGUGGCCCAAAAACAUUUAAUAGACUUUAAAAUCCAUUUUAAUAAAUGCUGGUUAAACUCUGGGGAAGACAGUUCAAGAACAUUUCUUCAACUUGUUUGGUACACAUAGUACUACUAUGUUACAUGUUAAGUGAGAAAAUGAAUGUAAAAAUAAUGUUCUCAGAAUUUUAUUUGUAGUGUUUUGGACUUACAACACUUUUUUGCAAUAAUAUUAAAUGAUUUAUCAUUUCUAAGAAAUGAAUAUGGAAAUGACUGUCUGUUAAGUCAUGUUAUGCUUCCUGCAAUUUAUAUUUGUGGAAAAUUAAUGAGGUGGAUUAGUUUAAAAAUGUGUGGGCACACACUUCUAUCAUGAUGAAAUAUGUAAAUAAAAAAAAAAAAACCAUUAAAUUCAUUUAGGUUUUGAUAAUUUUUUACAAUUAAAAUUUAUUGAAGUAUACUAGUUUAUUAGAAUUCUGUGUUAUGAGCAACAAUUGUUAUAAUUCAAAAUCUACUUAUUUCAUAAUUUUUAUCUUCUAUAAAAUUAUUUCACAAAUAUGAAAAAGCUGAUACAAUACUAUUCUGAUGUGUACUAUGCAAAAGUUGUUUUAUGUGUUGAAGACAGAGACUGAAAUUAAUGUGAAUUGUUUUUUAUUUUUUAUAACAUUUUCCUUAGUGAUAUUUUAGAAAGAGAAGGCUUAUUGGAAGUUUUCUAAUGAACAGCACCACAUAGUGGUAGCUUAAGAGAUGAUGAUUCUUUUUUUUUUAUGUACCUUCUCUAAGUCAGGGAAUUGAAGAACAAUUCAUGAAACUGAUUGAGACUUUGCUCUGGGACUUGUUGCAAAGCAGCACCAGCCAUAAUAAAACACUGAACAUAGACAAAGUUAAUUAAAUGUGAAAACUUUAUGAUAUUAAUUUUUUUUUAUUAUUUCCUAAGUUCUAGAGUUUUUUGUAUUGCAAUUAGUUUAAGAGACUGAUAUUCUUGCCCUAUUAUGAAAAAAAAACACUUGUUAUCUAUGCUUGGGCAACAAUGAAAGUUGAAUGCCAUUGCAUUAAUGACUAUAUAUUAAUUUGGUGAUUUUGAUUCCUAAAUUCUAAUUCCUAUAUAAUGCUUUUCUGCAUCCUUAAAACCACUAAUACCAGAUACAUUUAUUGUUAUCACUAUUAUGUUGUUGCUGAGGCUUUUACUCCUUGUUUGUUUACUACCAGUGAACUUCACAUCUUUUCAUUGUUUCUCAUGUUUGCUUGUAUAUUUGCAUCUCUUUAUGUUACACCUAUUCACACCAUUACAUUAUAUGGACAUUUUCAAGAUUUUAUCAUAGUAACACUAACUAUACUGUUCACCUUUGAUGUUUGUGCAUCAUUAAUAAAUAGCAUUAUACAAUUUUUGGUAAAUACUAGUGUAUGACACUUGACUUUGGUUCACAACAUCAAAUAAUAAACCAAUUAUCCACUCACAUAAUCUUGAUUAUAACCUUUUUGUAAACAAAUUUGUUAUGUUUAUAUUUGGUGCAUGCUCUUUUGAUACAUACCAUUCUGCAGUACAGGUGCUUUUAGUACACAUAUACAGCUCCAUUUGGCACACACACCAUUUAACAAUAUAGCCUUAUUAGUAUGCAUCAUCUUAUGUUACAUGUUUUCUUGGCACACACUACUUUGUGUUGUUUGCAGUUACUCCUGGAUCCUACCACUCCAUUUGAUAGAUAUUCUUGACAUGCAGUACUUUUAUUGCUCUUUCUGUAAGUGUAAUCUACUUCACCUUUAUUUUUCAGAAGUCUUACAUUUUUGUUUUAGGUCUUCACUCUUUAAUUACACAAGUGAUAAUUCAUUAUGCACAACUUGAGAACUGUUUUCUAGUCCAUUUCAACUUUGUAAUAUCUUUGUAGUUAAAUACAUGUCUAUCUUCAGCUCCAUUCCUAUGUCUAAAAGCUCUAAGAAUUUCGAAUUAAAGUGAGCUUUUCAAAACACAACUUCAGUCAUCUGUGAAUUAAUCUAUUAUGAUCUGUAGAUUGUUGAAUUCUGUUAGUUUUGUUUUGCUCUGUUGUCCAAAAACUAUUUUUUCUCCAUCAUGAUGGACUUCCUUAUGAAAGUCCUGAAGUAGUCUUGUUAUGAUGUUAUUACAGGAUGACAUUGCUGUGUGCAUCACAUAGUAAAUAGUAAAGUAAGUUGAACUUGCUUCAAGUUUAUAGUAUGUAAUAAGCAAUAUAUGCUCUGUAGAUUGUUGUAUUGAAGGAAACUUUUUUAGGAUUUUUAUCAUUCAAGGUUUUCUUUCUUAUGGAAACUACCAUUAUAUGUAUUACUCUUUCUUUAAUUGUAAGUCUAAAUGUGGAGAUUAUACAUGAUGCCAUUUUAUUCCGUUUUAUAUUUCAGUUAUGUAAUUAGAUAAAAACCAGAAACUACUUAACAGAGUUAUUUUAGUAUUUUUUUUUACCUCUGUGGCAUCCCGUGAUGGCUGAAUGUUAAGUUUGAGUUCUUAUAAUUCUGAAAUCAGGAGUUUGAUUCAUCAUGGUGGACACUGUGCAUGUAAUUCAUUGUGUAGUUUUGUGCUAAACUACCAAAAUGACAACAAAUUUGCUUUGGCAUUACCUAUCACUCUUGUUUAUAUUAAUUUAUAGAUAAAAUAUGAAAUGAUCUUUAAUUACAGUAUGCAUUGUUCCCAAUUUUUAUGAAAUUAGGAUAUGUAGUUGUGUACAUGGUCUAAGUUAGACCAUUCCUUUAGAUUUUCUCUUAUGUUCCUGCCAUCAGAUAACACCAGAGUAGAAAAAUACAUGAAUGCCAAAAUGCCAUAUUUUUUAAGUCUUUAUUAUCAGAGAAAUUAACAUCUGGUAUUAACAUUGUAGAUGCAGAAUACUUUGUUAAAAGAGCACAAGAAAGCACAGAAUAGGAUUAAGUUAUCAAGUUUAUAUUAAUCCUUCCAUUAAAGAUUUCUAGCAUCCAAUAUAUAUAAAGCAGUAUAAUUAUUUAAUGAACCAGUUUUAAUUGUGAAAAAACAAUGUGUUAAUAUCUAUGUCUGACCAGCUUAUUGAAUCUUUCAAAUACUGUUAGUAUUUACAUAUCAUGUUUUGUUUUGAAGUAAAUAUUAUGAAAUACAUGUAAUGGUUAGCUCAGAUCUUUAAUUUUUUGAUUAUAAAUUUGAAUUAUGAAUGUUCUCAAUAGCUAUUUGUGUGUCACUUAACUCCUGCCUAUUAAUAUAUCCUUCUGGUGUAGCAUUCGUUAUUUUAUUAAUUUCUUUGUAAGUUUUGAAAUUAUUACUGCUAGUGUUGUAAUUAUUAUAAAUGUCUCUGCUUGAGUAACUGUUAAGACCAAUUUAUCAAAAGUUGCAUUUUGCAUCUUAAAAAAAAGAAACUGUAGAAAAUGUUGUGAUAAAGAUGAUAAAAUCCAUAAGGAAACUAUUAUAUAUUUUUUUAUUAUUCCUUAAAGGAAAACCGAUACUGUUUUUUGUUUUGUGGUGGUUUAAUGUUUUCAAAAACACUUAGUACACAAAUUAUGCAUUUUAAUUGAUUGGAUGUAAAUGAUUUACUUGAGCUGUCUAAGGCAUUUGAAGGUUAUUGUAAUGGUUGAAUUUUGUUUUAACUUAUAAACAUCCUCAUAUAUUAGUCACAUAAGAAUUAGUUAAUUUAGCAAGUUUCUUUUUAAAACUAAGUUUGUUCAGAGAUCAUCUACUGCAGUGCAUGUCUCCAUUUUUAUUAAACUACAAAAGGUGUUUUUUUAAAUAAUCUUGUGCAGUAUUUUUAUAUUGGUUACAAGAUUAUCAUUAACAACAGUUUUGUAUAUUUUUAGGUAUUAAAAUAAGUAAUAUAUAUCGAUAAUACAACAUGAAGGCAGUGUUUUCCAUGUAAGGCGUUGUUUGUCCCUGUGUUAGAGCUCUGAACUUCAGAGCUGGUGUACCAGGUUCAAAUCCAUUUAAUACCAUUCCCCACUUUUUAUGAUGUAGGUAGAUUAUAAGAGUGAUAGUAAACUCUUAGUGUGGAUUGUAGGGUGGCUGUCUUCCCUCUGCAAUGGCAGAAGUUCAAAAUUAGGGAUGGUGGCAGAUAGCCUUUAUAGUAAUUUUACCAUAAAUACAAAUACCUCUUCUAUAUUGUUUUUGAUUUACGAGAUUUUGGCUACAAUUUUAGUAAUCUGAUCCACGUAUUUAAGUCAGUGGACUGACCGAAUUAAUUUUGACUGUUUUUUUUAGUAUACAUAUUGAAGCAUCUGAGACUGAAAACUUUAAAUUAAAUAGUAUGAAAUAGAAAACCGUAUUUUUUUGUCUUGAUUUAACAAUGUUAGUAGUAAAACUUAUGAAGCAGGUAAACUUCCUUAAAGCAACUUUGUUGAAUUUGUUUCUUUAUAAAUUAAUGUGAAACUUAUGAAUUAUUUUCAGGUUAUUACCACAUUUUUGAAACCAGGAGAAUCUUGUUUGAAAGUCAUUUAAAGAAAUGCGUGAUUUUUUUGUUAACUAGCAGUUUUGUUACAUUCAAUUAUUGUAUAGUUAUGUGGGCUUCUUUAACAAGAGACUUUUAUCAAAGUUCAGCUAAACCUUUGAUCUAACUAAAUAGUAAGUAAUACAAACUGUUUGUUAAAUUAUACGAUAUUCUGUGUAAAAUAACUUUCAAGAAACGAGAUGAGUACUGCUUCUAAUCUGUUGAAUGUCGUUAGAUCUAUACCUUUGUUCUGAACUGUGAUGGAAAGAUCAUAGAUCUUAGGAAAUAGCUAAUUGUAUUACUAUUACAUUACUAUUUACACCUGAUUUGUUGUUAAUAAACUUAAGGAGCAAAUAUUUUAAAGCUAUUUUAAGAUGAACAAUAUUGAAUUUAAACUGUACGAUUUUCAACUGUGUAACUUAUGAUGUACAGAAGUUGUCAAGAGGAGGGGGCAAAUUAGGGAGGAAACGAUGCGUUUGGUUUUCAAAAAUCAAGUUCUGCUAUUAUGCCAUCCACUUGGUUAAUUUUAUAAGUUUUAUUUUUAAAAUGUAAAAUCCACUUGUAUGUUUGUAACUGUAAAACGGAUAUUUUUUUGAAUCACAUUUUAUCUGAUCAUUGACAGAAACUUCAAAGAACUGUUACGUUAUAUUAAACUACAAAAGACGAGUUUCAUAUGGAAGUGCUCACUAUCAUGACGCUUGGAACACUUGUGUGAUAAUACUGUCUGCUUGUAUUCUCUGUAACGUUUCUUUUUUAUCGUUUGCUUAUUUCUAUGAAAAAUUGCUACUGUUCGUGAGUGCAUUAAAGUAUGCGUUAACAUGGAAUACCGGAUUGCCCCCCCCCCCUAUUUAGGUUGGUGGUUUGGGAGAAUGGGAAUGGAGUUGAGGCGAAAUGUGCUUAUUUUUGUGUAAAACAAUUAUCUUAUUACAUAUUAAUUCAUAUACAUGCCCACAUAUUGAGCUCAAGUUUGUUUUUGUUUUCGUAAAUAUGGGUGGAUGAUGGGAGUAUAAUCCCUGAUUAUUCAGGAACAUUUGUAUUAAUGAUGGUGCAUUUUAUGAUUUUUAAUGAUAUUCUGUUGUUUGUUUUUUUACUUGUUUCUGAUAGUGGUAAUUUGUUUGUCGUACUUAUUAGCAUUAAAAGAGUUACGGUAUGGAUUCCAUUCCAUUUUUAACAGUUUUAUACAUUUCGGUUACUUUUUUGCUCCCCACACCUCAUUGGUAAGCUUUAGAGCUUAUAGUGCUAAAAUUCGGGGUUCGAUUCCCAUGAAGGGCACAGCACAGAUAACCCAUUGAGCAGCUUUAUACUUAACAACAUAGAAACAGAACAUCAGGUACUGUCAAAAAUAGAAUUUUGAUCACAUUUAAAUGAAUCGGUGUUAGUUUAGCCAUUUAGCGCACAUAACAUGGAUAUUUUUUUGUAUUUGGAUUUUUUUGGGAAGAGGUUACAGAUUUUUGAUAAUACAAGUGAUCAAUUAGAGAUCUUAAACGAUUCAGUUUUUGAAUAAUCCUGAAUGAGGCAUUAGAAUAUAUAGCAAAUCUAAUUAAUCGCCUUUCAUAUUUGAGGUCAAUUAACCAAUUGUUUCUAGGUUAUCUUUUAUUUUAUACGCAAGUAGAAAAUUUAUAAUUUUAUAGCUGAACUGGAUAAUUAGAUUUUUUUUCAGUAGGAACUGUAUGUUGCUAUCUUAGAAGCAUCGAAACUUGAAAUUAAUUAGUACAUGGAUACUGAUUAAAAAGGGUAUUUACAUGAAAAUGUUAAAUAUGUUAUUGUAAAGAUGAUGAUAAAUUGUUGAUUCUUCAGUAUUUUCGAUUUAAUCUACAUUUUUACUUCGAUGUUUUGUUAAUAAAUGUAUCUGUGUAUAAAUAAAAUGGCAGUUUAGUUACAGUGAUGUACGAUAUAGCAAA